AUGCCCGCGAUGACUAACAAGGAGUUUGCGCAGAGCGCCUGGGCCAUCGCCAAGAUCGGCCGCCCCGGUGCAGCGCCGCCGCCCUCCUUUGUCGACCGCCUGUGGCAGCAGGCCCACCUGCGCGCCCCCGCCCUGGCGCCCGCCGAGACCGGCCUGCUGCUGUUUGCCGUGUCGCGCCUCGGGCUCCACGCGCCGCCGCAGUGGCUGGCGGACGUGCUGGUGCGGCUGCGCGCGGCGCUGCCCGGGCUGCGGCCCGACCAGCAGGUGAACGCGGUGGUGGCGCUGGCGCGGAUGGGGCGCGGCCCGGGGCCGGAGUGGCUGGCGGCGUUUGAGGCGGCCACGCGGCUGGGGGAGUUCACGCUGCAGGAGCUGGUCAACACGCUCUGGGCCUUUGCCGCGCUGGGCCACGCCCCCUCCCUGCCCUGGCAGCACGCCUGCGUCGCCGCGCUGCGCGCCGCCUGCGCCCAGGCGUGCGGCCUCGCGGCGCCGCUGGACGCCGACCAGGUGGGGGCGCUGCUGGAGGAGGGCGCGCUGCUGCAGGUGGUGACGGGCGCGGUGGCGGAGCAGGCGGCGGCCGACGAGCUGGGCGGCGGCGUCGCGGACGGCGGGGCGGGGGACGGCGGGCUCGAAUGUGCGCUCAGCCUGGCGUUCGAGCUGCCGCUCGGCGCCGCUUGA